UUCAAACGCAAUGGCUCCUAUUCUCUCUAAAAUCGUUAUCGUUGGCGCCGGAGUUAGUGGUGUCGCUGCUGCGAAGCAGCUGGCUCAUCACCAGCCGAUCGUCUUUGAGGCCUCUGAUUGCAUUGGUGGCGUUUGGAAACAUUGUUCUUAUCACUCUACAAAGCUUCAGUCACUUCGUUGCGAUUAUGAAUUUGCCGAUUUUCCCUGGUCAGACAGGGAUAGCCCUGAUUUUCCUUCUCAUCUCGAGAUUUUAGAAUAUUUGAAUUCCUAUGCUCGUCAUUUCGAUCUCCACCGCUUCAUUCGAUUUAAUUCGAAAGUCGUCGGUGUUCGUUUCAUUGGCAAUGGAGACUCUGGUGAGUUUGGACCAUUGCUUCCCGGUCGGCCGGUUUGGGAGAUUUCUGUUUUAGAUACUCUAUCUAAAACCAUUCAGUUGUAUGAAGUGGAGAUGGUGGUGAUGUGCAUCGGAAAGUAUGGCGACGUCCCGAAGUUACCGGAGUUCCCGAGCAGCAAAGGACCAGAUAUAUUCGCCGGGAAGGUGAUGCAUUCUCUAGAUUAUUGCAAGCUUGGGAAGGAAGAAGCAACUGAGCUGCUUAAGGGUAAGAGAGUUGCAGUCAUCGGCUACAAAAAAUCAGCCAUUGAUUUGGCUGUUGAAUGUGCCCAAGCAAAUCAAGGUCCAGAAGGAAAGGAAUGCACAAUGGUUGUGAGAGGGUUACAUUGGACAGUGCCUCAUUAUUGGGUUUGGGGUUUGCCAUUCUUCUUGUUCUUCUCCACAAGAACUUCUCAGUUCCUCCAUGAAAGACCUAACCAGACCUUUCUCAAGACUCUUAUGUGUCUCUUCUUAUCUCCCAUGAGGCAGGCAGUUUCGAAGUUUAUAGAAUCAUAUCUGACGUGGAAAAUGCCACUGGAAAAGUAUGGAUUGAAGCCGGAGCAUCCAUUUAUUGAGGACUACGCCUCCUGUCAGAUGGCAAUCAUGCCGGAAAAUUUUUUCCGGCAUGCCGACGAGGGUAAAAUUGUCAUAAAAAAAGCAUCGAAGUGGUGGUUCUGGAACGGCGGGAUCGAGUUCGACGACGGCUCUAGAUCGGAGUUCGACGUUGUCAUUAUGGCCACGGGCUUCGACGGCAAGAAAAAGCUAACUGUCAUUUUUCCUCAGCCAUUUCGUACCAUUCUUCAGUACCCUUCCGGCAUGAUGCCCUUAUACCGAGGUACAAUCAAUCCAAUGAUACCGAACAUGGCGUUCGUGGGGUACCUAGAGAGUGUAGCCAACCUCCACACGUCGGAGCUUCGAAGCAUAUGGUUGGCCCGACUGGUGGACGAGAAGUUCAAGCUACCGGAGACCCGAGAAAUGGUGGAGCAAAUAAACCAAGAGAUGGAGGUGAUGAAAAGGACCACAAGGUUCUACAAAAGGCAUUGCAUUUCAACUUAUAGUAUCAAUCAUAGUGACCAAAUCUGUGAGGAAAUGGGUUGGAACCCUUGGAGGAAGAACAAUUGGUUUUCUGAAGCUCUCUCUCCUUAUGGAAGUCAAGACUACAACAACAAUAUCACCACCAAAAUAAAUUAAGCUAUCUUUAUUAUAUACCUAUAAUAUUAUUUAACACUAAAUAUAUGUUUGUUUUACUUUUAUUGUUUUAGUUUUUUUUUUCAAUGAAGUUGAUAGUGUUUAAAAAGUUUCAAUUUAGUUCCUUACGUUUUAAUAUUUUUUAUACCCUUUUUAUCGACGAAUAUAAAAAUUAGUUCGUCGAUGAUAUAUAAACUUACAUCAUAUGAUCAUUGGCAUAAAGGAAUUCUUCAACUUUAUCCUGUGGUAUAUGUAAGUUUAAAUUGUCGAUCGGCUAAUUUUAAUAGUCGCCUAAAAAGAAAAGGAUAUAAAUGAAAAAAUGUUAAAUUGUAAGGGAUUCAAAUAUUGAAACUUUAUAAAUGAAAAGGGUCUAAGUUGAAAAAAAAAAA